AUUGAUAAAAUGGGGACAAGUACAACAGCAUUCCUUGCAUGUUUCAGUUCCUGUUGUAGCACAUAUACUAUGGAUGUAUCUUAAUUAGAAAAACUCUGCUACAAUAUCCUGAAUAAAGGAAAUUAACUUACAUUUUACAAUCUCCCUAAGGGUGUAAUUUGAUAGUAUCCAAAAUCAGAAUAUAUUAUAUCAAUACAGAUGCUUUUUAGUAUAACUUUAAAAGAAUGAGAGUGUGACAACCCUAUACAGUUGAAUCAGAACCUGGAUUUCAGAUUUUUUUUUUUUAAAUGGUUUUCAAAACACCACAUUUCUCCAUCUUUUUUUAUUUAAGUGCUGUUGGUGGUUUUUUAUGUUACUUAAAAACUGAAAUGCUAAAUAAAAAAAGGGUUCCUGCUAAUUUAAGAGCUUUUUUCUUUUCUCAAACAAUAUAUUUUGUUUUGAAACAACUUUACAGUUAUUUAUCUGUACUUUAUCUAAAGACAUAUAAAGAAACAUGCCUUUACCUCUUUUAGCAGUAACCAUAACUUAACAAUAACAGAAAAUAACUAACAAAGAUAGCAAAUGUAAUAGUUUCCGUGUCUUUUUCGAUGUAGAUUUUAUUUUCAAGUGGUCUGCAGUGUUGAUCUUGUUUUGAUGAUUUUAGGAUUGUUGUAUUAAGAUUAGAUCAUUAAAACAAACCCGUGUAACACAGAGUUAACAUUGACAGGGUUUACAUGCACAUGAAAAUCGACUCUACAGUCAUGACUGUGUGAUGUUGUCACGUGAAUACAUCGUGAAACAGCAAAAGAACAUCCUUUGGUCAGCGCGACUUUAAGGGCAGGGUCCAUCGCUUUCUCACAAUAAAAAUUAGCUGUAAAAACCCAUGUAAACCGGAGCAGGAAUCGUGUUUGUGUCUCAUGAGAUUUCAGCAGUCAAGAUCCCGUUUAACUGGCGGAAUCUCACGUUAUUCCUCAGCAAAGCCGUAACAAACCACACAAACACGCACACACACACACAAGAAAGAACGCAAAAGACGCUGCAAAUGUAAACCUCUUGUGUAGCUUAUUAUAAAUGUUUGUAUAAUUGCAUGUUGUUAAGCACAACUAACCAAACUUUUCACUUCAUAUUAUUAUUAUUAUUAUUAUUAUUAUUAUUAUCAGUAGUAGUUGUAGUCGUAUUUUUUUUUCUUUCUAUAAUUCUUUUAAGAUGUCCCAGGAACAACAGAGCUCCACCUCUUCUUCCACCACACAGAACUGAAUAAGUAAUGGAUAUAGUUAACAAACAACAUAAAUGUACUGUAUCGCUUUAAAUAAAGACUUUUGUUUGAAUGUUUAUAAUAUUACAAGACAUCCAUGUUUCAUUAUAAUGUGUGUGUGUGUUAAGCGGAUUCUGCACCUGGCACUUCUACCGCAGCUGCAGCCCGGCAGUCACUGACUUCUUGGAGCAGAGGCAGGGUAUAGGGACUGGCAGAUGUGUACAGGAACAUUAAGAUACUCCGCUUGGUAUUCCACCUAUAGAACUGCCAGUCCAUGAAGCUGCUCAGGAACCUCGUAUGUAUUUUUACAUAUCCCUCUGUUCUCAAUCUUAUAUUCAUAUAGGCCUGAGGAUCAUACUGUUUUUUGGGUUUUUUUAUUGUAUUGUUAUGUAACCCCCCAUGUUCCCACAUUUUCCACAUACAUUUAUAGACUACUUUAAUUAAAUAAAACUUUUAGAUGUUAUGCAUAUCUAUUUAAGUAGUAAAACUUGUACUUAGUAGAAAUUUUAUUUUAUAUACUUUUAUGUGUCCGUGUGUGUGUUGGAAAGGUAACGAGACACAAACAAGUCAUGCGUGAUAAUUCGGAAUGUGCGCGACAAGAAGUUCAUUCUUUUCUCUUGUUAAAUUUUUUAAAUCUUCAUGGCAACGCAUGAAGCUCUCACGAUAUUCACAGUCAUUCAUUUCCUAAUUACUAGGCAGCCACAGACAUUUAAAUAUCCCCUCCCCUAAAUUACUAUUAAUUGAGUAAUCUGCAUUGGUACGGCCAACUUUUUUCCUAAAUCAGAAAAGCAUAGCAACUAAUUUCCUGAAAAGUAUGGCAAAAACAUUGUGAGGAAAACUGUCAUGACUUGUCCAUGUAAACGCCGUCAGUGUCACUGUAUUGUGUUCAUAGCAGUUUUGCUGCCAAAGCAACCAACUUUUUUCCCUGUUUUUCCCUUUUAAAAUGUUAAAUGAAUCCCUGGUCUUGUUUUGGAUUACAAUUGUGUUUAUUGUAUGUGUAAAUUUUUAAAAAAAAAAAAUCAUAAAAGAUAAUACAGAGAAGCUUCAUGCAGCCAGUUUUAAAUUAAUUAAAUGAUUGGUGGUGUUCUGGUACUUUUGUGACUACACAAGUCUCUUGUGAUUAACCCGGGGUUCGUUUGUCUCUGCCAGUCUCUUUAGUGUAUACAUUUGGUUUCCAUGGUAACAUAUCGGAUUGGAUCAGAGUUUCACAAAAACAUUUUGCAGUUUAUAGUAGGGGAAUCCAGUUGGAGUAGGUUUCUUAAGGAGUCAGAGCCUUUUUUUUAAAUUUUUUUUUUUUUUGAUGUAACUGAAAAUUUAAGCAGUUGGCGGGUAAGUCUACAAAUAAAGCUACAUGUGCAGCAGAUGAUACAGAGCAGCUGAAUGGUUAUGAAUGUCUGGGACAUUUCCCUGGAGAAUGAAAGCCUGGUAUUUGUGUCAAUCCUGACCAGUCUACUAGCAGCUUCUCUCGCUUUGCUGCACUGUGGAUACUUCUAAACCCAAAAAGAAGACUGAAUUGUGAUGGCAUUCUGCAAAAGUUCAUUUACUUCAGUGUUUUAGGCACUUUUGAUGAAUGUCUAAAAGAUGAAUUAUCGCUAGUUAAACAAUGGAGUCUGUGGAGGUGAAGGUACUGUAUUUUUCUAUCUUCCCAGACAUGAACAAUCUUCUUUGUUUGACACAUCCCAUUAUUCACAACAAACCUAAAUACGGCUUCUAAAGGCUUAGUGCUUUUGUCCAGCUAUAAAGAGGAUCUCAAAGACACCAUUGAUGUUGUCAAGAACAGAAAAUAGCUGCUAAUGACACAGAUUUAAUACAUAAUAAAGAAAAUAGUGUGUCUGCAAUGUGACACCGUAUUAUUAAACUAACAGAAGUUUGGGUUUCAAGAAAAUACAUUAUCCAAGUUGUUUCCCUUUCUAAUUAAAACAUGCCUUAAAGCAGCCAGGAUAUAGCAUCCAUCUGUAGGAGGAAUUGCAUUAAAUAUCUGAAGUACAGGUUCUGAAAAUGUACAGGUUCUGAAAACUGUGAAUUUUGGGUCACUGUACUAGGAAAUGUUGUAUUUUUCUUGAUGGGGGGAAAAAAAAACUACUCAUCUUAAAAGACUUCAGAAUUAAGAAACAACUGGUAAAUGGUGUGUGCAAGAGUGCUUAAAAAAACAAACUUGUGUUGAUCAUUUAAUUGAUUUGGCAGAUCAGUAAAAUACACAAGAAUCAAACCAAAAAAAAAAAAAAUGAAACAUUUUCAAUUUGUUGUCAGAUACCCUUACAUAUAACAAUAAUCUAUUAAAUGACUUUAAUUGUAUCUCUUUUAUGUUAUGCUUUUAAAAGGCAUUUAUUAUUGCCAAACAGAAAUGGAGUUUAUUUUGAGAAGUCAAACUGCUGAUGCAAACAGAAGAAAAGGCUUACAUGUUAAGUUGUUCCGUGAACAUACUGUUGGUGCAGUGGUGAGACGUUGCUUAUCUGUGCACAAUAAAAAGGUAAGAAAAAAUAUGCAACUACGUACUGCGUGUAUGUACAACAUACUGAACCCUAAUUAUAGUCACACGACAAUCGUUUUUGAGGCGGUUAAUAGUAGCAGUCAAUAGAUGGCGCAAAUGCUACUUUACUGGAAUAAUAAAUACACUUAUAAAAUGCUUUAUAAAAGGAGUUCCAAAUUGCAUUAAAUAUCUAGUAUUUGAAUCCGCAAAGGGUUUCACCUACCAACCCACGUUAAGUCUAUAUAUCAUGGUCAACAAAUACAAUAUUGUAAUGAAACUAUUGAGUGUUUUUAUUUCUGGUAGUAUAUAUAAAAGUUUAACGAUUUAGGCAUACAAUCAUUUCUUGACUGUAUAGCACUUCACCAGACAAAAUGUAUGGUGUAAUGAAUAUAGAGCAUAAUGAACAAUAGGACAAUUAGGCGGCCAUACAGUUAGGGAUAAGUGUGCUGGGGUGUUUACGUUGACUGGGAGGGAUCUUCAGUGCACGUGCAAGACAAAUGCUCAGGGCAUUCCGAACCUGUUCUUUGCCUGACACAGGUGUCAAUAGCACAAGCGCUUCAGUUACCAUGCAAACUGUAUACAAACCGGCGUUCAUAAUUAAUUAAUUAUAUAUAUAUAUAUUUGACAAAGUUACACAAAUGGUCACAGGCGAAUUUGUUGUGACGAUGUUGUAAAAAAUGUGGACAGUUUAUAUGAACGGUGUUAUUUCUUCAAAGAAGAAAAGUUCCAAAGAAGAAUAUAAUGAAGUUCAAGCCUUCCCACCAAUUGCAAAAGGCUUAUCUACAAACUCUCAGACUCAGGAGGGUAGUUGCAGUAGCUGUAAUUCAUCCCAGAAACUUCAAGACUUGUUCUUCGCGCCUCGCAUUUGUGGCUCCCAGAGGACUGUCUACAAACUACUGGAUCUGAAGGGAGCUGCGAGUAAAACAGCUGACUGUCACUGGAAUGUACCAUAUAAAAAAGUAAGUGAGGAAGCAGACUCACAGAUCAAAGCUCAUUUAAAACACCAUUUACACAACCGGCACAGCAAGAGGACAGAGUAUUUUGGAGGAGACAGGGCAGUGUUAAGAAACAAGGAAAGAGAACCUCCUCACACAUUCAAAACUGAAGGCUUUUUAUUGAAGGAUAAGCGUUUAUCAGCCUUACUGGAUGAAGAACGUCACAUCAAUUUUUUGGAAAAUCCUCAGACCUUCACGUCUCUUCAAACUGAAGCGAACAAGCUGGAGAGACAGAUGGUGCAAAGUGAGGAAACCAGCAGCGAACACAUUUCCAGCUCCAGGAGGACCGCAUUGUCCGGAGCAGAGGUUUUAUCAGAAAGCAUGAUCAAAAGCCAGGACAACCAUGGAAUAACCUCUGACAACUCUAAUUCAAACACUCGAGCCGUGACCACAAGCAGUAACCCAAAAGAACUAGCAGAUAAUGAGGACUCAGAACGUGACAGUCUAAUGUCAGACAGUGAUAAAAUCAAUCAAAUGCUUAAAGGAGACAUCCAAAUGCAAUAUUCUCCAAAGAAGAAACGGUUUAUGAUCUAUGUUUGUGGUGGAUACAGUGAUACAGUGCCAGAAAGAAACACCUUAAUGGAAAAAGUGUACCCUCAGCUUUACGAUUACUGUAAACAGCGAGGGUAUGACUUCAGACUGGUGGACCCGCGGUGGGGAGUGCAGGAUGGAACUAGUAACAGCCACACCACAGCCACACUGCACCUGGAGAUGCUCAGACAGUGCAAGGACUCAGAGGGACCUAACUUUUUUCUUUUCACAGGUCAGAAGCGUGAUAUCCAUUCAUUGCCCACCAGUAUCUUAAAGGAAGACUUUGAAGCCAUUCUCAACAUUAUAGAGUCCAAGAGACUGGAAGCAGCAAAAAGGAAACGCUUACACCUCAGAGCAAAGGAUGAGGCAGGUUUAAGCUCACAGUUAGAUGCUUCAGUGAACAACACAGAAAGCAUAUCCUCUGAUCUCAAUAAAAAUGAGGGAUCUGAAAAUGCCUCUGCACUUUCCAAUGACAGCAGUGUUGCUCAUGCCUCCUUUUCUAAUGGUGACGUGUCCAGUGUUGCCCAAACAGAAAAGUCUGGAUUAGAUUAUGAAAAGGAGAUUGCUCUCCUUCAGCUGUGGUACAAAUUGGAUGAAAACUCCAUUCCUGCAAUAUACCGUCUUCUGCCAAUCAGCACCCACAACAGGGAUUUCCACAGCAAAGAUCCUUUAAGGAGGCAACAGUCAAAAAACAACUGGUUGAGUGCUUCUCAGAAACUCCACACCAUCUUACAGCAGAAUGCCUCUGAAGCUAUGGGAGAGGAAGCAGCCUGUGCUCUGCUAAGAACAGUUCUCGACUGUGAAGUUGAUCAGGGACUUCAGACAAGUGGCCCACCUGAAGAACACUGUCACUGGUUUAAAAGAACCAUCACUGACAUCAAAUACAACCUUGGAAGUAUAAAAGCAUCAGACUACAUAGAUACCCACCCAACGCAACCAGAAAUUAAUCAGAUGCUGUAUGCAGCCCAUCAGAAAUUUAUGGACAACAUUCACACAAAGCUACGGCAUACUAAUAUCUAUGAGCACAAUGUUGGCUGGGGACGGGAAGGAAUCAAUUCAAAAGUCAAUUCGUCACAUUUGUAUUAUACCGAGCGAAUCUGCAAUGAUUUCAAGAGAAUUGUCAUCAGCCACUUUAACAGAUCCCUCAGUUCAGGUGCAUGUAAAGAUCCACCUGAUGUCAGAAGAAGAGACAUUCGUCAAAAUCAAGUGAAGGAAGAGAUUCUAGAACACAUUCGCCACUGUCAAACACUGGCAGGGCAUUGCAUUGGAAGGGAAUCAGACCUGACUGACCUGAGUGAAGUGGUCAAAAAUUCACAGCAGAAAUUGAUUGUACUGCAUGGAGAAAAGGGAUGUGGGAAGAGCACAUUAAUGGCCAAAGCUGCAGUUCUGGCAUCUAACUGGAUAUCGGGGAAGCUUAAGACCCUUGUGCGUUUUGUGAGAACCACUGGAGAGAGCAGAAACGUACGUUUGCUGCUUCAGAGCUUAUGUUUCCAGCUUGCAGAGAUUUAUCACGGGAAGGCCAAUUUAUCAGAGGGUCUGCAUGCACUCAUGAAUGAGUUUAUUGCUCUUCUUGAGUUUGCGUCUGAAGACAGCCCUUUGCUAAUCAUUCUUGACGGUCUUGAUGAACUCUCUGAAGAGCAUAACGCCAACAUCUCUUGGCUUCCGCCUACCCUACCUCAGCAUGUGUAUCUCAUAGUCUCAACAUCAAUGGAAUCAAGCUGCUUGAAAAUGUUAGAGAAGCUAACAAUAAUGUCAAACACUGUGCACAUCAAACCACUCAGUCCUAUAGAGGUCAGUCAGAUGCUGAGGUGUUGGCUGGAGAAAGACAACAGGAGAUUACAAGCUGGUCAAUGGCGGCUCAUCGUUGAGGCCUGUUUGGCCUGCCCGUCCCCUCUGUAUCUUCAGAGUGCCUAUCAGGAGACCAAACAGUGGGCUUCAUUCACCUCACCAGAUGAGAUAUACCUGCCUGCAGACCUCUGCAAACUGUACACAUCCAUACUAGCCAGGCUGGAGAAGGAACAUGGAGAGCAAUUUGUGAAGAAAGCUGCCUCAUUCAUAACGUUAUCUAGAAAUGGCAUCACUUUGGAGGAGUUGGUAGACUUGCUAUCCCAGGAUCACAGCGUUAUGCAGGAAAUACAACAGUCUCAUGGGCUGACCAUUUCCAAGUUUCCCUUUGUCCUGUGGGCUAGGCUUCAACACGACUUAGGGAAUCACUUGGUGGAGCAGAAAACAGACAACACCUAUGUUUUCAAUUGGGCACACUCCACAUUAGAGCUGGUUUGUGAGGAAAGGUACCUGAAAACAAGAGAUGCCCAAAUUGCAUUGCAUGCAGAAUAUGCCAGAUACUACUUGGGUAAGAGGACCUCCCCAAAUGCCAGCAAUGCUAAUGGCCAUGGUUUUCAGCCACUGGUGUGGGUCAUGGAAAAAGACUCAGUGAAGAAUUACAUUUUCAACAUCCGACAACUUCAUGGAGUUGCAUACCAUCUGAUUAAAUCCAAUUCCAUUUCAACUCUGGUGUCGGAGUGCUUGUUUAACUAUGAAUUUCUCCUGCACAAAGCCUGGGGCCUGUCUGUCAUUCACUUGGAGGAGGACAUAAAAGCAGCAAUAACACCAGAGAAACAACUUAUUGACUUGGACGUGUUAAGCGAGGCUCUACAGUUGUCAAAGAAGGUCCUUCUUCAGGACCCAUGUCAGUUGGCCUCUCAGCUAGUUGGCCGUCUGAAUCAGAUAAUCGCCACAGACAUACCAGUGGCACCAGGUGAUCCAAAAAAAUUCUCUUAUCUUCACACCUUGCUGUCGCAGUGCUACAUCUCAUCUGUUCCUGUUCUGGUGCCCUCUUUCACUUGUCUUCUCCCUCCAGGGGGGCUGCUGUACGAUCUGCUGGCAGGACACACAGAUAAGAUCACUGCCUUCACAGGGGCAAAUAAGGACCUUAUUGCAGUCACUGCUUCCAGGGACAGGACGUUGAAGAUAUGGGAUCUGGCCUCAGGGAGAGCAGUGAAGACUGUUCAUGAAGUUGGAAGAAACAUCAGCUCCCUUGCCCUGUGUAUGGACAACACUCUGGUGGCAGUCACAGAGGACCACUGUCUCCAGGUCUGGGAGGUUUCUUCAGGGAGGAUGAUCUACUCCGAAAACGAUUCACUUGACAUCCCAAUGUUAACGACUGCCAUGGAUGGCCAGUUCCUUGUGGCAUUCUAUGAUGGAAGCCAUACAAUGAAAGUAUUUGAUUUGGCUGCCUCCUGUAAACAGCUCCAUCAGGUGGACAUCACUCCAGAUGACAACCCCAUUCACAAAGACCGCUCCAUCUUGGUAUCACAGAACUCUGUAAAAGAUUAUGUCCUGUUUGCCUACAGGAGUGGUAAGGAAGCCAUGGUAUUCAGUGCCAGGAAGGGAGAGGUGAUUGCAAAAUUACCAGCCAAUGAGCCUGUAGCCUCUGUACAAGGAGUUGACAUGACCAGAGAAUACUUCCUUCUCAUAUGCAGAUACCCAUACAUGAGACUCCAUGAAAUCGUCCAUAUUGAACUCUUCAGCACUGGGAGUUUUCAAUAUCUCCGCUCUGUAAAGGGCUGCUGUAAUGACCCCAUCUCUGUCCUGUCUGUAACCCGAGUGGGCACUCAUGUUGUCACUUUCUGCUCCUCCGCUGACACCAACACCACUGAGAUUGUCACUUGGAACUUGGAGACUGAGGACCACAAACACAUUGUGAAAUCCUCCUCUGUUGUAACUGGAGGUGCCUGCACUGACCUGAGAUUCUGCCUGGCAGUUUGUGGGAAAGAAAACCACAUCCGCAAGUGGAACUUAGCAUCAAAGAUCAACGACCAGUCUCUGUCUUUUAAUUCCCACAAAGUAAAGAGCAUUGAUGGAACAGAGGAAAUCAUUCCCAUGAAGAACUAUUCUAGCUAUGUUGUGUGCAAAAGCUUAAACCCUGGAGUUGUAAGAGUCUGGAACAUCAUUAAAUCAAAAUAUAAAGGCAAAGCAGUGAGAGUGGAGCGUGGACUUUAUGAAAACACUGAUGUCGUAAUAGUGAGAGAUAUGAAGCUGUAUAUCCUUACUGACAAAGGCAUGUCAGCUUUCACUGAGACACCAAGGCCAAUCUUCCAGACAUUGCUGAUCUAUGAUCUCCUGAAGAAGAAGUAUAUUAAAAAGCAGACUGGGCUGUAUAUCAUUCCUUGUCAAAAGCAUGAAUACCAGAUUCUUGAGGGGGGGCUGUUACUGGGGCUUUCUGAAAACAGAGAUCACAUGGUAGUCUGGAGCCUUGAAACAGGAUUUAUUAAAACCAGAAUAAGACCAGUCUACAAAGAUCAACUCUUGUCAAACAUGCUUCAGACAUCACUUGGGCCAAAGGACAAGCACUAUAAGGAACUCUUGUCUAAGAUGGGGAAUAUAAAAGAAGCCAAAGCCCACAUGACCCCCUGGGAAAGGCGCAAUGAGACCAAGACAGCAAAAAACAGGAGACGGGAGAAGGAGAUGAAGAGGGAAAUUGAAAAACUGCAGCAGAUCGAUAAUGAGAAACACAACGGCAUUGAUCAGUACCUAAUCAGUGGGGACGAGCAGGUACUAGUGUGCUCCUAUUAUGCACACCAUCUGAAUGUGUUCAGCCUGGAAUCUCAGUCUCACAUCCACAUGCUGGAGGACAGAACUUCAAUGCUUUUCCUGCACAACGUUGCAUUGAAUUACAGUGGCAACUAUCUGGCCAUUUCAAACUAUAGCGACAAGGCGAAAACCAGCUACGUGACACUAUGGGAUACACUGAAUGGAAAGGUGAGAAAAAGACUGAAGAAUGAGCCCAAUGUUUGUUGUGUGGCAGUCACUGAUGAUGCAAGCCGCGUUGUCUUUGGUGUCAUGGAAGCAAACAAGCUUAAAGUUUGGGAUCCCUUUAAGAAAAGACACAAAACUAUUUUUGGAUAUGAAAAGUUAAAUCUUGGAGUAAACAGCAAGCUGCAUAUCACAGAAGGAGGAGCAAAGGCAAUUCUGCUAGCAGGUGAGGUCAGCCUGUGGGACCUAAAGGGCUGCACUGUUGUGUCCGUCUUCACUCCAGACAGCAAAAUUCAAUGCCUGUCUCUGACACAUGACAAGGAAACGAUUCUACUUGGUAUGAGCGAUAACCCGGCCCUAAUCACCAUGAAGCUGACGUCAAAGGAAAUCAUGAAAACAAGUUCAAAGGGAAUGGAUUUGUUUGGGGAAAUAUCGAGCAGCAGUGAUGAAGAGGAAGAUGAGAGUGGCAAAGACCCAGCCUUGAGUGCCUAAACCAAUCCUGUGCUGGCUUUUUCAUCUCAAAUUGAUGCAUUCAAACACACACCAACGACAACAACAAAUGCAAAGUAAAUGGUACUGCCAUAUUCUCCUGUAGUGUUUCAAUAUACAUAUUUUUGUUCAGUUUCAUAAAUAUAAACUGUUAACUUGUGGUGUGUCUAGUACCAUGGAGGAGUAUUACAGUGGGAUGAGGUAUUUUUCAAUUAGUUUGUUUCCUUAAAGGAGGCCAUGAACUGUAACAUUUACUUGUGUACUGUUACAGUUGAGAUACUAUUGAAAGAACAAAAAAAAUAGAUAUUAUAGUUUGUACAUCCACAACUAUACAAAAAAAUUUGCAGGACUAACCCUUAUAAAUUCAUAUGUUAGACAAAAAGACAAUACUGUAUAGGAAAGACUAUUUGGAUGUAUAAUUCAUAUACUCUGUAUUUGUGAUUAAUAUUAAAGUACAAAUAAUUAUACAUUUAAAUGAUAUGAAAAUAAAAUUAUAUGUUACUGGUUAAACAAGUACAUAGA